UUUUAAUUCAUUUCAUGAUUAGCUACUUGUCAGGUGGUGGGGCAACCUGUUAACCUAAACGUCGUCCCCGUUUUCACAACAGAAACUAUUCCAACAUCUAGUCAUCUAAAACUAAAUUUUCGCAAGCAAAAUGAUCAAGUUUGGCAUUAAAGUUGGGAUAGCAGCAGGAACAUGUUACUAUCUUUCCGAAGAAGGUAUCUGGAGGGAGAGUGAGCAGUCAAUUAAAGCAUAUGAUAAAUUAACUGCAACUAUGUCACCUUAUGUUAAAGAAGUCACUUCACAAAUCCCUGUUGAGUUUCCUCAUUUACCAAAUUCUGAAAGAGUAUCUUUUGUUGCUAAACACUACUGGAAUCAAGGUGUUAUGGCAACAUUUGAUUUUGCACAAAAUCUCCCUGAGCAUGUUGCUAAUUUGGGGUGUAAAACAAUGCGAAUGAUUAAUGAUAACCCAGAAUUGAAGAAAUUUGUUGACUCAUUUAAAGCACCUGCCACUCCUGCAAUUGAAGAUGUGAAGGAUGCAGCUAAGAAGAGUACAAAAUAGCAAAACAAUGCCAUAAAAUGAGGUAGAGAUGCUAAUUUAUCAAUCACAAGAGUCUAGUGCAUUGAAUCCUGCUGUUUAUGGGGUAUUAUUUGAUCUGUGUAUUUGGAUGUUAAAUUGAGUAAAAUUAAUAAACGUUUACGACCGCAGAA